CACCAUAAUCUAGCUGCAGGGCUAAUCAAUUGUCUCCUCAACUGUCAUUUCCGAUCUUGCCAUCUCAAGUGCAUCACAGUCUUCGAAUACUUCUUCUACCAAUGUCGCUCAAGGGAAAAAUCGCUGUCAUUACUGGCGCGUCGAUGGGCAUCGGUGCUGCGACUGCCCGUCGCUUUGCUCAAGAAGGAGCGAGUAUGGCGUUGCUCGCUCGGUCCAAGGACAAGUUGAUCCAACUGGCUGAGGAGCUACAGAGCGUAUCAGGUUGUGGCCACGUGGUGUACUUCUCAGUCGACGUGCGUGACAGCAACGCACUAGCGACGGCCAUGACCGAGACGGUCGAACAACUGGGCGGACCUGUGGACGUUCUGAUCAACAACGCCGGUCUCGCUCUCGGAGCCCCGGCGUGCUUCCAAGACCAGUCGAUCGCCGACAUUUCCAUGAUGGUGGGGACGAACAUAAGCGGCGUAUUGUUCGCUGCCCAUGCAGUGCUCAACCAAGGCGGUAUGAUGGCCCAGAAGCAAGGCGUGAUCGUGAACGUGACGUCCGUGACUGGACUGGAGGCCCCGCCCUUCCCUGGUGAAGCUGUAUACCACAUGGCUAAGGCGGCGCAGGAGGGCUUCUCGAACUCGCUUCGCAACGAGCUCUGCGGUACCAACAUCAAGGUUGUGGUGGUGCGUCCUGGUGUCGUGGCGACGAAUUUCCACGAGCAGCGUGUCGGCUUCGACAAGAACAUGUACUCGCAGUUCAUUGAGGGCUACGAGCCGCUGGUGUCCGAGGACAUCGCCGACGCCAUCUCGUGGGUGCUGGAGAAGCCGGAGCGCGUGAUGAUAAAGGCAGUUGACGUCGUGCCGACAGCGCAGCGCAGUCUCAGCGUGUUCGACCGUGAGUGGAGCACUCGGAAUGCUAAGUAAAGUGAUAAUUCAACGCACAAUAGUAGACGUUGGGAAUAAUGAAGUCUCAGCCAGCUACCAAUGUGAACGAGAGAAUACCAAUUGCUUUAGUGA